GAAAGUUUGGGAUGCUGUAACUGGGGACGAGCUCAUGUCUCUCACUCACAAGCACAUAGUGAAAAGUGUGGAUUUCACAGAGGACAACAAUAAUCUUUUGACUGGGGGACAAGAUAAAGUGUUGCGCAUUUAUGACUUGAACAAACCAGAGGCAGAGCCCUGGGAGAUCAGCGGUCACACUUCUGCCAUCAAGAAGGCUCUGUGGUACAAUAAUGACAAUCAGAUCCUUUCUGCAGCCGAUGAUAAAACUGUACGUCUCUGGGACCGGGUAAGCAUGACAGAGGUGAAGACUUUGCAAUUUGGGGCGUCUGUGAGCAGCAUGGAGUAUAUUCCAGAAGGGGAGGCCCUGCUAAUCACCUAUGGGAGAACUAUAGCACUUUAUGACUCCUCAAGUCUCGAAUUGAUUAAGUCAUUUGAGGCUCCAGCUCCCAUCAACUCUGCAUCUCUGCACCCAGAUAAGGAAUGCAUUGUGGCAGCAGGGGACGAUUUUAAACUCUAUAAAUAUGACUUCACAACGGGAGAAGAACUUGAAUCCUACAAAGGGCACUUUGGCCCAGUUCACUGUGUGCGUUUCAGCCCUGAUGGUGAGUUGUAUGCCAGUGGCUCUGAGGAUGGCACAUUAAGGCUUUGGCAGACGGCUGUUGGGAAGACGUAUGGCCUGUGGAAGUGUGUUCUUCCAGAGGAGCUGGUGUCGGAGAAUUCGGAUGUGCUGUACAACGCCAGCCCUGAGAUCAAGGCUUGAAUCCUUGGAUGUUGUGCUGAAUUGUGAAGAGCAGGCGUUUAGAUGAAGCAAAUGUCAUGAAAAGGACGACUCCAGAGAAUGCCUCUACAUGGGGCAAAAAAGGGCAGUUUCUUUUGAGAUUCUGAGCUGGAGCAGACUGGGUGUAAUCUGUGAUGGAACAUUAUCUGAGGCUGAAGGAGAACAGAAUUUCUGUUGAGGUUUUUGUACAAUCCUCUUACUGCAUCGUGUGUGUGUGAAGAACCUCCAUUCUCUGUCUCAGCCCUUCCCACCGGUGUCUCUCCCCUCCCUCACUUACCCACGGGAAACCCUUCUCUCUCUCUCUUGUACCAAUCAUUUGGGGAGGGAGGAGCUUUCCUGCUUUUUUUUUUUUUUUUUUUUUUUUUAAUUUUUCUGUUUAAAGAACCCAGGAGUUUGUAUGUUUCUGUUGGUCUUGUAGGUCUGUGUCUGAUGUUACAAGUCGCUUCUCUGCAGUGCACACUGUAUUUUCAGUUAUAUGAAUAAAGUCUGUGUACAUUCACUGUUUCACUUUA